AUGGAGGGAAAUUCUUCAAGAGGGAAAAAGGCCAUGCAAGAGAAGGAAGGUAGCAACAACAAAGGGAAGGAGGAAGUGAAAUACCGCGGCGUUCGAAGGCGGCCGUGGGGGAAAUUCGCGGCGGAGAUACGUGAUCCGGCGAGGCCGAGCUCCCGGCAGUGGCUCGGGACGUUCGACACGGCGGAGGAGGCAGCUAGGGCUUACGAUAGGGCUGCAUUUAACCUAAGAGGACAUCUUGCUACUUUGAAUUUCCCUAAUGAGUAUUAUAAUCAGCUUCAAUAUCCUCCUUUAUAUUAUCGUAACUCAUUUUCUUCACCAACAAAUGUUGCUUCAAAUCCAAGAGGAAGUUUAGAGAAUGGAAAUUCAUCAUCAUCAACUGGGAAAGCUAAAGAAAUUAUUGAGCUUGAGUGUCUUGAUAAUAGUGUUCUAGAGGAGCUUCUUGGUGCAGAAGACUCAAAAAUGAAGAGAAAGUAA